AUGACUGAAACACCAUCCGGGAGCGGCUCUCUAGAAGACCGCAUUUCCAAACCCGAGUCCACCUCAUGGGCCGAUGAAGUAGCCUCUCCCGCAACCGAAAAUCCACCACCGACUGCAAAUAUGGGUGCGAAAGAGUCGGAGUCAGUACCAGAGGAUGGCGGGCAGAUCGAUGGAGCUACAGAGCCUUUUGGGGGAUCAAAUCUAGAAGAGCCCGACUUCGAAGUGGAGGUCAAAUUGGCGGACCUGCAAGCAGAUCCCAACAACCCCCUCUACUCGGCCACUUCGUUUGAGCAACUGGGACUCAACGAAAACAUUCUCAAAGGCGUUGUGAGCAUGAACUUCCGAAAACCGUCAAAGGUCCAAGAGAAGACCCUUCCUCUCCUCCUGAUGAACCCUCCUCAGAACCUGAUCGGCCAAUCUCAGUCUGGAACCGGCAAGACCGCUGCUUUCGUGCUGAAUAUCCUACAUCGUCUCGAUCUUAGCAGCGAACAAAUGCAAAAGACUCCUCAGGCAUUGGUUCUGGCUCCCAGCAGAGAGCUUGCUCGUCAGAUUGUUGGUGUUGUGAAAGUGAUGGGAGCUUUCAUACCUGGUCUGAUCGUGGCCGCUGCGAUUCCUCAAGACGCUGCAAGUCGUUCACGAAAGAUUGAAGCCUCAGUGGUUGUUGGAACUCCUGGCACGGUCAUGGACAUGAUUCGCAAGCGAUCCAUGGAUGUCAGAGCAGUCAAGGUGUUGGUGCUCGAUGAGGCCGAUAACAUGCUCGACCAACAAGGUCUCGGCGAUCAGUGCAUACGUGUCAAGUCGAUGCUGCCCAAAAACAUUCAAAUUGUUUUGUUCUCCGCCACUUUCCCAGACAACGUCGUCCUCUAUGCCGAAACUUUCGCCCCGGGUGCAAACCAGUUGACCCUUCAGCACAAGGACUUGACGGUCGAAGGCAUCAAACAGAUCUACCUGGACUGCGACAGCGAUGAAGCCAAGUACGAAGUCUUGGUCAAAUUCUAUGGGUUGAUGACAAUCGGCUCGUCCAUUAUCUUUGUUAAGACUCGAGAAACUGCACACAACAUUGAACGACGAAUGACGGCCGAAGGCCACAAAGUGGUGUCAUUGACAGGAGGCAUCGAGGGAGCGCAGCGCGAUGUCAUCAUUGACGCAUUCCGCAUGGGCCAUGCCAAAGUUCUCAUCACGACCAACGUCCUCGCUCGUGGUAUCGACGUCCAGUCAGUGUCCAUGGUUGUCAACUACGAUGUUCCUGACAGAUUUGUCGGCGGUGGUCGAUACGUUGCGGAUCCUCAAACUUAUCUUCAUCGCAUCGGACGAACUGGUCGAUUUGGGCGUGUGGGUGUGGCAGUGACCUUCGUCAGCAGCCGCGAAGAUUGGCAGAAGUUGAUGGAAAUCCAAAAAUACUUCAACACACACAUGACAAAGGUGUCGACAGACGAUUGGGACGAGCUCGAGGAACAGGUCUCGCGGAUCAUCAAAAGUUCAAGGGCUGGCUCAAAUUUUACAGAAGGUGCAAAAAUGAGCACGCAGACGUGA